CGGUAAAAUGAAUGACGUGGAAAGAGAGAAGUGUGGAAUUAAAAACUUGCCGUAACAUUGCGUGCGUGAAGAAACAACGUAGACGACAAUUCAACGAUUUCGUUGAAUUUCACUUUUUUUUCUUAAUAUUCUCUACGAGAAUAAUUGUCGACGACUAUAUAUCUAUCUCUCGUCUCGGUUAAGAUCUCGCGAUUAAGGAUCUAUUAUUAUUACUUGUUAUUAUCAACAAUUUGACAAGCUUGACAAACUAAUACGACAGAUAUGUCUUUCAUAUCGCCGAUGCCCAGUAGAGAAUUUUUGUGGGAUGUCUUUAAUAGGGUGGACAAGGAUGGUUCUGGUUCAAUUACUACCGAUGAAUUGCAACAGGCACUCUCAAACGGUACCUGGACUCCAUUUAAUCCAGAAACCGUCCGGUUGAUGAUCGGUAUGUUUGACAUUGACAAAAAUGGUCCUACUUCUUCAGGUAUGUUCGAUAAAAAUCAAACAGGAACGGUCAGCUUCGAGGAAUUCGGUGCUCUUUGGAAAUAUGUCACCGAUUGGCAAAAUUGCUUUAAAUCGUUUGAUCGCGAUAACAGCGGUAACAUAGAUCACAAUGAAUUAAAGAUUGCUCUUACGCACUUUGGAUAUCGUUUGUCGGAUCAAACGAUUAAUAAUCUUAUACGUAAAUACGACAGAGCAGGCAGAGGUACUAUAUACUUUGAUGAUUUUAUACAGUGCUGCGUCGUCUUACACACUUUAACUGCAGCCUUUCGGCAAUUAGAUACCGAUUUUGACGGCAUCAUCACAAUUCAUUACGAACAAUUUUUGGGUAUGGUAUUUAAUUUGAAGAUAUGAACGGAUGCAAAUAUCGUAGAGAUUACGUAUCUUACCGUUCAAUGGUUAUAAGUAUAAUAUAAUAAUAAUAAUAUUAAAUUUUUUGCCAAAUAAAUAAAAUUCUAUUUCCACGUGUUUUAAGGAGACGUCUAAAGCUAUCGAUCGACAUUCUUAGGUUAGUCUAAAGAUUGCAUAUUCUGUAUCUAUAUAAUCCAAUAAUACACGGCUUAUAUAUUUGAGGCCGUUAUAUCCAUUUAUUAUUAUUAUUAUUAUUAUUAUUUAUUUUUAA